AUGGCGGGCGUGCUGCGCCGUGGCCUGCUGCUGUUCUGCAGCAGCAACGCUGCUGCUGCAGAGCAGCAGCAGCAGAAACAAAAAGGAGACAAAAGAAUUGUCACUUUAAUUGGGUUUUGGCCGAAGCGGAUUCUGCGGGACCCAGCUGAGGUGUUGCUUAGUGCUGCUUUGUUAAGAGCUCACUUUGCAGCAGAAGCAGCAGCAGCAGAAGCAGCAGCAGCAGCAGCUCGGGUGGCGGGGGCGGCGGGGGCGGGGGAGAGGGCUGCUGCGGCGGGAUCUCGCGCUGCUUUAGCGGAAACAAAAGCGAAUUCGAAUUAA